GACCAAGUCGCGGCACACACACAUGUAUUCACUCAGUAGCUCUGAGUGCUACUGACUGCACACACACACACACACACACACACUUAAAACAGACACGCACGCACUCUGAGAGUCAAUAUUUGACCAGACUGGACUGUACAAGGCGGAAGACUGGACUGUGUUUUUGGAGAAAAUCUGGAGAAUACAAACUUGCAAGGUGGUUUAAAGUUCCCAAGCUAAUUCACACUAAGGAGAGGGGAUUUGUUGUUGUUUUUUUCUGUUGUUUUUUCCUUCAUUUCUGGACCUUUGGACUGGGAUUGGUGUACAACCGCAAGAGGAAAGCAAUGGAGAGAUGGACGUUACGCCUCUCGCUGGGGCUUCUGGCCGUCCUCCUGACCUGCUGUUAUGUUGAAGCUAACUACUGCUACGCUGCCAGAGAUAAGAGCUGCUCUGAAUGUCUGCAGGCCGGCAAAGAUUGCGCCUAUUGCCCUGAUGUGAACUUCAAUAGCCAUCGAUGUGACCUGUACAACAACCUUCGGGCUCAUGGCUGCGGUGCUUUGUCCAUUCUUACGGCCAAAAGUGUCACUAAAUAUGGAAGAAGGAAUAGGAUCGAUGAGACAAAGGCUUAUUCCCAGGUGUAUCCGCAGCAGAUGACCAUGUCUUUACUGCCAGGGGAGGAGAAGAUCGUGGAGAUGGAGGUGUUUUCUCCCAUCAAAGGGCCACUGGAUCUCUACAUUCUCAUGGACUUCUCCAACUCUAUGAAAGACGAUUUGGACAACUUGAAGAAAAUGGGAGAACGACUCGCCAAGUGGGUGGGACAGCUAUCCGACGACUACACCAUUGGCUUUGGGAAGUUUGUGGACAAAGUGAUUGAGCCGCAGACGGACAUGAGAGAGAUCAAGCUUGAGCGACCAUGGGCAGACAGCGACCCUCCAUUUUCCUUUGAAAACGUCAUCAAGCUGACUAAAGACGACAAGUUCUUUGUCAGUGAGCUGCAAAAGGAAAGAAUCUCUGGCAACCUGGACGCCCCCGAGGGAGGCUUCGAUGCCAUAUUGCAGGUUGCGGUCUGCGGGGACAUUAUUGGCUGGCGUCCAGAGAGCACACAUCUACUCGUCUUCUCCACUGAGUCAUCGUUCCACUAUGAAGCAGACGGUGCCAAUAUUCUGUCUGGCAUCCUGCCGCGCAAUGACGAGAAAUGCCACCUCAAGGAUGGCAGAUACACCCGUGACACAGUGCAAGAUUACCCUUCAAUACCCACCCUGGUGCGGGUCCUUGGCAAGAACAACAUCAUCCCUAUAUUUGCUGUGACCAACCACUCCUUGACCUAUUAUCAGGAACUCAAAAAGUUCUUUCCCAUCGCUGAGGUUGGUGUGCUGCAAGAAGAUUCCGCUAAUAUCCUGGAAGUUAUGCGGGACGCCUAUAAAAACAUCCGCUCCAAGAUGAGCAUUCGUUCUGAGGAUCGACCCAAAGCUAUUGAGACUCAGUUCUUGUCUACCAGUAACAAGGUUGCUGAAUAUGGAGAAUUCAACUCUACGCCAGGGGUAAAGAGCAAGUUCAAGAUGCUCGUCCGAAGUCCUCGGGAAAUCAAAGAUUUGCCCGUUUGUGAACUGGAUCCAGAUGAAAAAAAGGGGAAUAUAAGCGUUAAGCCAUCAACCUUUACUACUGGUCUGAUUGUCAACGCCUCCAUUCUAUGUCCAACUUGUGACUGUGAGAAGAGUCCUAUCGUGAACUCACCCAGAUGUCACAGGAAUGGAAACCUUGUGUGUGGGAAAUGUAAAUGCAAACAAGGCUGGUUAGGCACAUUCUGUAACUGCUCAGCGGCAAAUGCUGGCCAGGACAACAGCCAGUGCAUCGCGCCGGGCAUGACAGAGGUUUGUUCAGGCCGUGGAGACUGCCUCGCCUGUGGUAGCUGUGUGUGCCACAAUCCAGAUCAGUUUGAAGGACUCUACUGCCAGUACGACAAGACUCAGUGCCAGAGAUUUGGAGGGUUUCUCUGCAAUGACCGCGGCUCUUGCGUGAUGGGGGCCUGUUCAUGCGUCGAAGGUUGGGAGGGCAAAGCCUGUGAGUGCCCAAAGAGCAAUGCAACCUGUCUCGACAACAAUGGAGGCGUUUGCAACGGGCGAGGCAAAUGUGUGUGCGGCCGCUGUGAGUGUCUAGGAUCGACCACUUUCGAUGUAACCUCCACAUGUGAGCCAAAUUUUCAGGCCCAGUCCGGUGUGUGUGAGGCUACUCGAGUUUGUGUCGAGUGUCAGGCCUGGAAGACAGGAAGCUGGAAAGAAAAGGCAGACUGUGACAAGUGUCGUUUCAAGAUUGUCAUGGUGGAUAAACUCAAAGAUGAAAAAACGGUGCUUCAGGCAUGCAGUUUCCGAGAUCUAGAGGACGACUGCACGUACAACUACACAGUCGAAAAUCCCAAAGAUCCAAAUAAAAAUGAGCUUGUAGUUGAAGUCUUGGAGAAGAAAGAGUGUCCACCUGCCAGUCUGCUGUGGCUCCUGCCUCUCCUCUUGUUCCUCUUGUUAUUGCUGGCACUAUUGCUCUUAUGCUGCUGGAAAUACUGUGCCUGCUGUAAGACGUGCUGCCAGAGUUGCUUGGCCCUUCUACCCUGUUGUCAGAGAGGUCGCAUGGUUGGCUUUAAGGAAGACGAGUAUCUUCUUCGCCAAUCAUUGCUCACAUCAGACCAUCUCGACACCCCAAUGGUACGAACUGGCCCCCCGAAGGGAACUGAUGUGGUCCGCUGGAAGGUGACCGAUAACGUACACCGAGCACCCAACCACCCUGAAAAUCAGAUAAAGCCCAACCCCAAAGAAAUCAUUCCAUUUCCCAUCUCCCUCCGGCUGAAUAAGUUUUUCUCCGAGAACCUUGGUCGUCCUGAGUCCAGAGAUGCAGAGCAGUUGCGCAAGGAAGUAACUGACAAUCUGAAUGAGGUGUACAGGCAGAUUCCUGGUGCUCAGAAGGUUCAGAAGCCCACUUUCAGGAUGCAAAGAAAUGCUGGAAAAAGACAGGACUACGCCAUCAUGGACACUGUCUUGUCAGCCCCACGCAGCAGCUUUCCGGAUAUUGUUAAACUGACAGAAAAGAAUGUUCAGUCUGGGAACCUCCAUGACCUUAAAGUGUUGCCUGGAUACUACACAGUGGCCACUGACCGAGAGGCGGCGGGAGCUGUGGAGUUCCAGGAAGGGGUGGAGUCAGUGGAUGUCCAUGUCCCGCUCUUUGUUAAGGAUGAAGAUGAUGACAAAAAGCAGCUGCUGGUGGAAGCUGUGGAUGUGCCUUUGGGCAUCGCCACCAUUGGGAAGAAAUUUGUGAAUAUUACCAUCAUCAAAGAGCAUGCCACCAGUGUGUUCACCUUCCUCCAGCCAGCCUACACUUACAGCCGACAGGAUGGAGUGGCCAACAUCCCGAUCAGCAGGGAGAUUAUCGAGGACGGGCGCUCACAGGUUACGUACCGCAGCAGAGAUCUAACUGCCAAGGACAAAAAGGACUACAUGAUGGUGGAGGGAGACUUGUCAUAUGCACCUGGUGAGACCCAGAAGAUCGUUCCAGUCCGCCUGUUGGAGUUGAAUGAAAAAGAUGGCCUCCUUGAACACGAACAAGUCAAACAGUUUGUCAUGGACCUCAGCAACCCACGGCAGGGAGCCAAACUGGGACGUUACCCGAGAACAACAGUUACCAUUGCAGAUCAGCCAGAGCCGAGUGUUGUGAUGUUCAAGAAGGGCACUCACAACUUCAGCACAUCAGACCCGUCGCUCAAAAUCCCUGUGGUCCGUACUCGCAACCUUGACAGCCCUGCUACCAUCAAAUGGCGUACCAAGAAGUCCCCACGCUUCGACCACAAUGGACUGCUGAAGUUUAACCCUGGAGAGAAUGAAAAGAAUAUUGUCAUUGAGCCCAAACCCAGUACAAGCCCAGCGCAACCCGAGACCUUCCAGGUUGAGCUGUUCGACCCAAGUAGCAAUGCAUCCAUCGGAGACCGCAAGACAACCGUAGUCAAUAUUACGGAUGGAGGUCUGAGUUCUCCAUUAUUGGGUCAGAUUCCAUUGAUGGGCUCCAAAAGCCCCAAGUCCCCUGGUGGCUUUCUGAUGCCUCCCGGAAACCCCAAGGCUAAAGCAACUGGACCAAGAAGCAUCCGACUCAACUGGGACCUACCACCUGGUAAUCCCUUGGGUUACAAGGUUAAAUAUUGGAUCUAUGGCGACCCGGAGAAAGACGCGGAAGUCAUCGAUGUGAAGACCCCCCAGGCGGACCUGACCAAUCUCUAUCCCUACUGUGACUAUGAGAUGAAAGUGUGCGCCUACAAUCUGACUGGAGAUGGAAACUAUACCGAAAUGAUUCCAUGUCAAACUCAGGAGGAUGUUCCGGGUGAACCCGGCAGACUGGCGUUUAACGUCAUCAGCCCGACCGUCACCCAGAUCAGCUGGGCCGAGCCGGCUGAGACCAACGGCAACAUCACAGCCUAUGAAGUGGUCUACACUCCCAUUGAUGAUGAGAUGAAACCAGUGGGCGCGGCCAAGCGGGUGAAGAUUGACAAUCCCAAGAAACGAAUGCUGUUAAUUGAGAAUCUCCAAAAUGCUCAAACCUACCAGUACCAAGUCCGUGCGAAGAACAGCGUUGGCUGGGGCCCCUUCAGAGAUGCCACCAUCAAUUUGGCUUCACAGCCUGCCAGACCCCUGUCCAUUCCCAUCAUCCCUGAUAUCCCAAUCGUGGAUGCUGAUGCCGGCGAUGAGUACGACAGCUAUUUGAUGUACAGCAACGAGGUCCUGAAGUCGCCUGGAGGGUCAAAGACACCGAGCGUCUCUGGUGAUGAUUCCAUGAUGAAUGGAAGGUGGGAACAGAACUUCCUUUUCCCAGGAACUCCUGGAAUGCGUAACUUGUCAACCUCAUCGUCUCCAAUGUCCACCUUGAGUUCAAACUUCAGAGGAGCAGGUGGUUCAUUUAUUUCUGAAACAAACACCAGCUACAUUUCCAGUCCAGGAAACCCUCCCAAACCCAACUUGCUUGGCAGUGGACGUCAAACAACAGACGUCAUCAUGAGGAAACGCUCCGAGAGAGGUUACACAGAUGAGAACAUCCGAGAUUCCAUUGUCAUGGGAGAUGACCCGAGCAAGUUCCCGGAUCUGAGUGGUUAUGGCUACAUGGGGACGCAGAGCAGCUCGCAAAGCCAGUUCAGCUACAGCCUGAGUCAGGGGUCCAGGGCCAGGACCCACUCUUCUGACGUCAAUGAAGCUCUUUAUAAUCUGGACAGGGUACUCAAUGAUGCCAGACUCUCCCCUGGGGUCCCUGACACUCCCAGCAGACUGGUGUUUUCUGCUCUGGGUCCCACUGCCCUGAAGGUCAGCUGGCAGGAGCCCCACUGCGAGAAGGACAUCCUGGGCUACUGUGUGCUCUACCAGCUGCUCAAUGGAGGUGAGGUGAAGCGCAUAAACGUGACAAACCCAGCAGAGAACUCCGUCAUCAUCCAAGACCUCCUCCCCAACCACUCCUACAUUUUUAAGGUGAAGGCCCAAAGCCAGGAGGGCUGGGGUCCAGAGAGAGAGGGUGUCAUUACUAUUGAGUCAGCCGUUGACCCCAAGAGCCCGCUCAGUCCCAUGCCAGGAUCCCCGUUUACUCUGAGUACUCCGAGUGCUCCGGGUCCUCUGGUCUUCACCGCUCUGAGCCCAGACUCUCUACAGCUGAGCUGGGAGAAACCACGCAAACCAAAUGGAGACAUUCUCGGUUACGUGGUGACCUGUGAGCAGCUGUAUGGAGGAGCUGAUGUUCGCUCCUUCCAGGUCAGCGGGGAUGGAAGUGAAACCAGUCUGACUGUUCCAGACCUGAUCGAGAAUGUCCCGUACAAGUUUAAAGUUCAGGCACGAACCACACAAGGUUUUGGUCCAGAGAGGGAGGGCAUCAUCACCAUCGAGUCUCAGGAUGGAGGCACCAUGUCCCAGUACAACCAGUCCAUGACCCGGAGAGAGGUGUUCCAGCUUCCCACUGAAGUGAGCACGCGGACCAACGUCACCCACACCAGCACCACAAUGGGGGACCCCUUUUUCUCAGACGGCAUGAUGAUGACCACGCAGCUCACGGAGACUGGCGGCAUGGUGACCCGUCAGAUCACCAAGGAGGUGGUCCAGAGGAGCGUGAUGGGAGGGACCACUGUCACAAAGAAGAUGUUCUAUGACUCUUAGAGGUUCCAAAUCAUAAUGUAUGAUUCGAGUGGACUCAGUCAUGGUGAUGCGUGUAUAAUUUUGGGACCAAAAACCUUAAGAAUCAGAGCUCGGAAAUCAAGAACAAGAAGUCAUCUGUUACAAAUCGAGGUCAUUGUUAGCAGUGUGGCGCGUUUUGUUUUCAAAUCCUUCAUUUUUGUACGGAAAAAUCAAAUUCCGCCAUUGUGUGUUUAAUAACGUCAUUAUUUUAUUAUCGCCAUCUCUUUUAUAACACAUUUCAAAAGCAUCUGUUUCAUCUGCAUCAGUUUCAUCCAAAUGACGCUUGGUAAUUUGGGGGAUUUCUUUUGUUAAUAUUUGUAUCAUAAGUGUUCAGUUCAGCACAUAAACAACAAACAUACACAUGUCUGAUGACUAAGGAGAACAUGGUUUUGCUCUUUAUGCCUCAAAUCAGUCAAAUACGGUUUAAACACUCCAAAAAGCAGACAAAUAUUAAGAGUUGUAUUUUUGCAUAAACAUAUAUAAAGACAUAAAGAUUGUAUUUGCUUAGCAGUGAGAAAAAUGUUUUGUACUUUGACAUACUGUCUUAAAUUGCAUGUGGGGGUCUUGACUUUAACCACUACAUCAGGAUAUCUCACAACAUUUUAACAGAUAUCAACUGUUUCUACUGUUUUUGUCAGCGAUAUAGCUCUCAAUAAAGGUUUGAA